AUGUUUGCCGACUUGAUUCACAGGUACUUCGUGUUCUCAGUUUCCCCUCUCACAGCCAUCAGGAGUUGCACAAAUGGAGGUGAGGAGACUAAGAUUAGAGAGAGGUGCCCUUGCUCCUGCGCCCUGCGCCCUGGGAAGGGAACGAUACCGUUAAGGAAGCCUAUAAACUGGCACCUGCGCGCGCGGCUCUCGGUGCCCCCGCGAACCCGAGGGCCAGAGCGGGCAGGGGCGGGCAGGGCGCCCACCCGACUGGGAGGACCGAGGCUGGGCUGCCGUCCUGCGGGCGGGCCCCGGGGAGCCGGCUGCCCCGCGGUCCCGGAAGGUCUGGGCGGCGGAGUUCCGCGCGGGCGCGGGCGCGGGCGCUCGUCGGCGGGGGCGGGAGCGCGGUGCCGGGCCGCGGAGGAGGCCCGGACCCACGGCAGGCACAGGCCCCGCGGGUGCUCCGGCGCUCCCGGCUCGCCCACCCCCGCCGGCCGCCUGGGCUUGGUGACGCGCCCGCGCCCCUCCCGGUGCCCCAGAAGUGCUCGCCUUCCCCCUGGGGCCGGCGCCUCCCGCGCCCCCACCCGCACGGUCCCGCGUUCUGCCCCCUGGCCCCGCCGCCCCCCGCACCUACCGGGCGGGGCCCGCGCUCCCCAGCAGGUGGCCCCGGGCCACGCGGCGUCCAGCGGGGCCGAGACGGAGGGAAGGCGGCUCAAACCCUCGGCCUCGCUUGUGCAAACAGUGUCCCUGCGCGCCCGCCCGCCCGCGCUGCCCCACCCGCGGCCCGCGUGCCCCAGCGGCUGA